AUGCAAUUCGAUGCCAAAAAGGAAUCAAGUUCCAGUGACCCAAAAUUGAAAGACGAGGAACACCUUCACACUCUUUGGAGCUGCAACUAUCUUCAACCCGACUUCCAAAACCCCAACCAAGGGUUGGUCCGAGGUUCAACCAGCCGCACAAGAGUCUUUGCCUUGCUGCAGGUGGCAGGUGAGCAAAGGCCUGGCACCGCCCUGAGACAUGUGCCGAGGUUCACACGUCACGAAGAAGUUUUCUCUUCCCAACAGCGUCACUUGAUGCGGAGGUGCAGGUCGAUCCUUUGGAAAAGUGGACUCCGCAGUAAAUCAGCAAGAGGAACAGUGCGGUCCAUUUUCCCAGCUCUGCAGCAGAACACGAUGCACCCAGCGACACGAGUUCAACCAGCUGCACACAAGAGUCUUUGCCUUGGUGCAGGACCGUUCACCAGGAGCAGCAUUGGAUCCACCAGGCUGAGGCGCUCUAAGGCACCUCAAGGAUGUCGAGGUCGAGGGAUGUCAGAACGAGAUCUUCCCACUCCGAUGCCGAGCAGAGGCGCAGUGUCUUAUUGCUUCGCUUUGCGAGAUCUUCAGCGCCAGUGUUGCUCUGGGAUUUCCAGUCCUACAACAGUCAUUGGGAGCCCCUCUGGCGUUCACACCGAGCAUCGCGGUGCUUGCGGCUGGCUUCGCUUAUGUCAGUAGGAAAUUGCCAGAGACGAAGAACCGAGAAGUGGAAGACAUCUUGGCAGACUUCAAUCAACGAUGAUGUGGAAAA